AUGCUUUGGGGCCUACCUGUUUGGCCUCUUGCCCGCGUCUCGUGCUUCCAACGAGACGCAGAUGUCCACUGGAAUCACCACAUCUGGAAUAAUAUAUGGACUCCCCAUGGUCUCGUUGCCGCGCAAUGCGUUGAAGCUCCCAACCACUGCCUGCCGGACUGCACAUGGAGCCCUCACAUCGAAGCCAUCUAG